UAAAAAUGUUUCAAACAAUGUCAUUAUUAAAUGCAGCUCACAAGUUUACCUAAGAUUUUUUAGAGUGUACAAGCAUACACUCAGAAAAAAAUUAGUUAAUUUUUAUAUAGAAAAUUCGCCAAAAAUUAUGUGUAAUUGCUCUUUUAUAUGUAUUUUACUAUACUAAGUUAGAAACUUUAUCCUGAUUUUUUUUAAUUAAUCUAUUUAUUUGAAAUUGUGCAUUUAAAAAAUUGUAAUUUUUUUAAAUUCCCUUAUAAAUUUACACUAGAAAAGACGUUACUACUCGGUUUAUAGUCGAGCACGGUACUUUUUCUAUAAUUUUUUUCUCAGUGUACGCGUUAUUUUCUGAAAUUUUACCGUUCACCUCUAUAACUAUUUUCUUUUACUUCGCGUCCCUCAUUAAGAGAAUAAUUUAAUUGUCAUAUUGUUCACAUAAAUGGCCAAUGUUUAAAAACUUCGCGAAUGUUUAAAAACAUUGUUGUUUGCGGUCUAAGCGUGGAAACUCCAUUCUCUGCCCGCUACAUUGUGCGGUUUACUAUGACGGUGGAGGAGGCGCAGAAUGGGGCGGGUACGAAAAAUUCCCGAAUAGCGGACAGUUUGCCAUUGUGCGUAAAUAUAAUUUAUCUAUCUGGAAAACAAUUGGACCUCCUUCCAACACGAACAAAACGACGAACAAAACCCGUAGGCGCGAGUCACACUUCACAGAGCUGUGAUGUGUCCGUGAGAGAUUUAACACGCGGCAAUCGACGCGUUACAGUUUCGAAAUCCCGAUUCGCGAUUUAAUCAAUGUCCUUUAUCGCGAUAUCCCGCGCGUGUCCAUCCACUCGAAACGAUAGACGUUCCUCCUUCUUUUCCUCUCCUUCCCCUCUCUCUCUCUCUCUCUCUCUCUCUCUCUCUCUCUCUCUCUCUCUCUCUCUCUCUCUCUCUCUCUCUCUCUCUCUCUCUCUCUCUCUCUCUCUCUCUCUCUUCGCAGUCACCGCUCGUGUCACAUUCUCGCUUCCGUUAUAUCCCGAGUCGCGCAUCCGUCGCACCGUAGUAGGUACAUAUACUCAGCAUACGUGAGAUACAUAUUCUAAUGAAGCGUAAUGUCUAACAUCUGAUGCCUGCGGUGUCCGCCGCUCGCACCCGCUCGUUCGCUCGCUCGCGCUCGAGCGCGCGCGCGGGCGGGCGCAGUUGAUACGGCCUUGCAAAUGCAACGAGAUAACGGCUCGUAUGGUCGGUUUGUACCGAAUGACCCAAUUUCACCAGUGUCGUAUGGCAUACGUGCGAUAACUGUUGCGGCACAAGCACCGACGCGCGGACAAGAUCGAGCACGUGAAAGGAAAAUACGUAGGCAGGCGGGCAGGCAGGCAGAUAAGCGGUCAGCUCGCCAUGGACCGAUGCACGGACAUCCAGGAAGAAACGAACAAAUAAACGAACAAACUCGCGCGCGCGCGCGCACGCCUCUCCCAACCAUCUAUCUCCUCGCCCCACCUAAGUCCUAUCUGUCGACGUAUAAAUGUUCAGACGUGAAAAACGCGGUCGGAGAGAAGAUCGAGAGAGAGAGAGAGAGAGAGAGAGAGAUUAUGCACACACGUAUACGCGUCGGCGAAAGGUCGUCCGAUAAAGGAAAAAUUCCCGCGAGGACGGAGAGCGACCUCCGGACCACCGGGCGACUCUCGACGAAAGGGGCACAGACGAGCGAGGAGGGUUUACGGUGUAAUUGGAAAACGUCUCGGACACGCGCUUUGCGCGGCGGAAAUUCUCUAUGCAGCGCGAUUUUGCCAAUCCGUCGUCGUCGUCGGAACGUAACGCUGGAUUGCGAACGGGACGGAUGGAACAUGCCCGAGUGUUCGAACUUGACACGUAGCAAUUACACCUCGGUCGUUCCCCGUAUUUGCAUAAUUUCGCACGGUAGGCGCACUUUUUCUCUCGCUCUCUCGGACGAACGGGAGAACCCAUGCAUACACAUCCCCUUCCUCCACCCCCCUCCCGUGUUAUUAACUGUAGGUUAUCACGCCUCCGGAAAAAAAGAAGGAAAAGAUCGUAUUUCAUUUAGUAGUGCAAUGCGAGUAUAAAGACGUUAAAGACGUGGGACGUGGAUGGACAGAAAAUUACAGGGAGAGAGAAAAGAUAUGUGGUAUGAUAAAAGGGAGGCUGGACUGACUGCGAGAGGCUUCGCCAAGUGGAGUGCACUUGGGUUCGUCGUGAACUUCAACCGCGCUCAGAAAAAAAUCUAAUUACCGUUGCGAGAACGAAGAGCAUCACGUCCUGUUAAGGUCGUAGUGUCGAAGCACACAUUCGGACAGUACUAAACGGAAAAUGCGUGAGUGCCAUAUUACCCCGUCAUCGCGUCGCGCGCAAUCUUCUCGGCAAACCGCAGAUGAACGCGAUCUAUAAUCCUUUCCCCUCAUUAUUCGACACCAACGUGAAAAAGCAAAAGCGAUUAUUAAAAAAAAAGAGAAAGAGAGAGAGAGAGAAAGAAGACGCGCUAUACGAUGCAAACGCAAAGAAAGUAAGCGCAAAAGUGAAGACACCACCGGCGCACGUCUCCGUUUAAGUCUGCCUCAACGCAGUCUGUAAUUCAUGUCGGAAGUCAGAAUGGAAUCCCAUUGCUAAUUUUAUUUGCUGUAUAAUGUAAAAAAUCUUGGAAGAAUUAGAAUGCGCGCGCAUAUACAUACAUGUAAUUAUAAGUGGAAUUCUAUCCUGAUGCCUGACGCGAAUUACAGAUUGUCCGAGGCAACAUAUUCUACGAUAGCUAUAUAACUAACACACAGUAUGCAUAUCUUAUUCACGCAGAUUUUCUAUCUAAGCGAACCGGUCCUCCAGAGGAAAGCGUCGCUUACAGGACGAGGAAGACGCACAGCUCGCGCGUAGAAAAAUACAACAGCGGAAGCGACUACUUUCCAUAAUAUCGAUAUACUAAAGGAUGCGGGCCAUUCAGUGCUGCGUUUGCGUCGCGUUGCUGCUGAUGACGGCGUCGGCCGUUCCGGCGUCGUCGAAAGCCGACGCGGCCAAGAUCAAGAAGACGACAACGAUCGCGAGCGGAGGCGAGCGUAAGAACGCUUCGGCGAUUACCGCGGCGACAACGACGGCGUCCAGGCCGACUCAUCGGGCGAACGCCACGUUACACUCGUCAACGACGACGGCAACGGCGCCGAAGACGGCGGCGGCAGCGGCCACGUCCGCUGCGACGACGCUCAAGCUACCGACGGCCUCGUCGACGACGAUCGCGACACCGGUGAGGACGACGACGGCGAGGACAGCGGCGGCGGCGGCGUCGUCGUCGUCGUCGUCGUCGUCGUUGUCGUCAGCGUCGUCCACGACGAGCCUGCCGACCUCCCGUAACCCGCAGCAGCACGGUGGCGUUUCGAGUGGUCCUGUCACCUACAUCACCGAGACGUCGCCGCGAAUAAUCUCGCCCACCCAGCAUACCGCGGCGACGGUGCUGUCGUCGAGGAAGUCGGCGGCCUCCGCGACCGCUGCCGCCGUCGUCGACGUCACGACCACUCCGCCCCUCACGGCCAAGGAGACGCGGGAGUCGCCCGGGAAGAUUAGACCGCAAAUCAAACUCACGACAAAUUACACCACCGCCAGCGAGACGGGGGUACGGCUGCCGGAGGGAGCGAGCGCAGCGCUCGAGAAGCCGACCAAGUAUCAUUACUACCCGCACAAUCAGCAUAUCUACUUGCUGCCGGAGUGCGCCGUCCAGCAGGUGUGCAACGCCGUCUACGUCCGGCUCAACUUCACCCAGCCGCUGUGCGCCUGUCCCGGAAGGUACCGGGAUCCAUGCAGCGCGUCCCUGGACAGCGACGACCUGCACACGACCGAGCUGGUGACCGAUCCGCGAACCAAGGCCUUGACCUUGGUGAAAACGUGCGAGCCGGUCGCCGAGAUGCGAGAGUGCCGAGCGUCGCGGGACUGGUCCCUGUUGGCGUUGCAGAACGUGCGUACGGGAAAGUCUCACUAUCUCGUAAUAUGCCGGUGUCCCGACACAAACAUACUCGAGGGACCUAUGAGCCACGAUCAGCCUACUUACGCCAGCGUCCCGGGUAUUCGAGUGUACGGAAUGAUGUGCGUUCAGGGAAACAGAAGGGGACGGCCGCUACGAUAUUCGCGCAGUGUUUCAGAACAAGCAGACAACGAAGAGAAACCACGUUUUCCUUGGGACAAAGUGCGACACCUGAUGGCGACGCCGUCCGUUUGGGAAUAGUUUCGCGGAAGACGCGAGGUCCCACCCCCUCUGCCAUCGACGAAUUUACGCGUUAAUUUAUAAUGCUAUUAUAUUAAUAAUUUCUCCCCGCCAUUUUCAAAUCCCAUACCCGAACUCUCUUCAUUCCCCCUACCAUCUCCCUCUUAUUAUUCUCACGCCUCCUUAAUCCUCGAACGGGCACACGUGGUAUAGAGUAAAUUGAUAAUAAUUGUUGUUAAUUUCACCCUACGUGAUGAAUCUCUCAUUUAACAAAUUAUUUUUGUUCUCUCGAUUGUUGAUUGUAGAAAGUAAAAUCGAGAAAAAGCAACUUUAAAAAAUUUAACAAACGUACACAACAGUGUGUCCGCACGAGGAAUGAUUGACACAAUAGGCGAAAUCGCCUAUGCGUGUAAUUUUGUGUGUAUUCUUAUCUUUACGUAAUUACUCGUUUUAAUAUUUAUUAUCCAUGAUUUCUAUGUUAUUUAUAUUUGAGCCGUCGAUUAAUUACACACAACAUACAAUUCGAUAAGAUACGAAUUAAGAUAAGAAAGACAAACAGCUUCGCCUUUGAUGUAAAGAGUUGAUCAAUUGCGUGUAAUCUUAAAGAA